AUGGAGAAAAUCAAAGUGAAUCCCCACAUUCCGUUGGCAGCUAUACGGCAGUGUGUGGAUGAGGAGUUUGGGCUGAAAGUUGGUAGGAUGAAGGCAUAUCACGCAAGAGACAGUGCAUUAGAAGCGGUUGGUGGCCUAUUGGUGACUGAGGCAGAGAGCUAUGAUCUGUGGAAAUGGUUUCUCGCCUACCUAUCAAAGGACCAUCACAUACAAGAGAAUGCCCCAAGAUACGUCUUCAUGUCUGAUCAGCAAAAGGGUCUUGCAAAAGCCAUCCUUGAGGAUUUCCCACAGAGCGAGCAUCGCUUCUGUGUUCAGCACAUAUACAACAACUUCAAGAAGAGAUUCAUCGGGGAAAAUUUUAAGGAAAUAUUGUGGGAGUUUGCGCCGAGUACAACCCACGAACAGUAUGUGGAGCGGAUGGAUACGUUGCGGAUUAUAUAUCCCCAAGCACAUCAAUACAUACUCGGUGUUGCUCCAAAACAAAAAUGGGUGAAUGCAUAUUUCACUUCACAUGUUUGUUGUGAUGUUAUCCUCAACAAUAUCUGCGAGACCUUUAAUUCAAAGAUAUCAAUUGCUCGAGAGUUGGCCAUUAUCACCAUGUUGGAGGAGAUCCGGACGAGUCAAAUGGAGAGGAUUCAGAUUAGAGGCCAGUGCAUCAAGACAUACGAUCACGCACUGUUGCCCGUUAUCAAAGAGAUUGUGGAUAAGUUAUCACGACAGCUGACUGGGAUCCCGUGCACUCAUGCCGUCGCUACAAUCAACAAGAAUGAGAAUGAUGUAUCAGGCUAUGUCUCCCACUAUUAUUUACGGUCCACAAUGUCGAUUCUGUACGAGAAUGUCAUGUACCCAAUUAAUGAGAUGGAUAAUUGGCCUAAGACUUCUGACGUUGGAUUUGAACUGGCACCCCCGAGGACAAAGCGACAGCGUGGACGGCCAAAGAAACUGAGGCGUGAAGAGCCCCAGGUUCGUCAUCAUGAGAAUGGAUCUGAGUCACUACGAUUAACCUUUGUACUCAGAUGUCGUCGGUGCGGACAAGAUGAUCAUAAUAAGAGAACAUGCACCAAUGAUCCCCGUGUAGAUGCUCAAACUGAAGUUGGACAGAGUUCACAGCCCAGUGAGCCACCCACGACGGAUAGCGGUGACAGAGCUGAGUUGUCUAACUUGUUUCAAAGUCAAGAGGGAUCAUCAUGGGAAGGCCCUUGUAUGUAG